AUGAGGAUGCAGCUCAGUGAUGAUGGUGGUGUCCUAAAAGACUGGAAGGAUAAUCAAAUGACCCCCUGCUAUUGGGCUAACAUUGAUUGUCAAGACAACAAAGUUAUCGCAAUAACUUUGAGCUCAGCAGGCUUAGUUGGAAUCUUAUCUCCAAGCAUUGCAAAGAUAACAACUUUACAACAGCUGUUAUUAGAUGGGAAUGCCAUAAGUGGUAGAAUUCCUGAGGAGCUGGGGAACCUAUCAAGUUUGACAACUUUAAAUCUAGGAAGAAAUUCAUUUAAUGGCUCCAUACCUAACUCUCUUGGUGGACUCCUAAAACUUCAAAACCUGGAUCUAAGCGAAAAUACAUUGGCAGGGGCAAUACCUAACUCUCUUGGUCGACUCCUAAACCUUCAAAACCUGGAUCUAAGCGAAAAUACAUUGGCAGGAACAAUCCCAAUCUCUUUCUCAAAUCUUUCAUCACUGAAUAAUAUAAAUCUAUCAGACAACGAUCUUGGUGGUGAAAUACCAGAAAAACUGCUCCAGGUUGCUCAAUACAACUAUACAGGCAACCACUUGAACUGUAGCCGACAAUUAACUCCAUGUGAAAAACGCACAGCGAAGACAGGGCCUAAAACUAAAAGUAAUGUUUGGAUCUUGGUUGUUGUUUCUUCUCUACUUGGAAUUGCUUUGUGCAUCAUCUUUUGCUUUGGACCAAUCAUGUUCAGAAGCCUCAGCAAAGGCAAACAGAGAGUAAGGGAUAGAUCAAAUGUGAUUGUGCACCGAGAUGUAGAGCUAGUAUGGGAAACAGAAGGGAACAAUCCAGAUUUCACAUUUUUCAAUUAUUCACAAGUUUUGGAUGCUACAAAUGACUUCUUGGUAGAAAAUAAACUUGGGCAAGGUGGCUUCGGUCCUGUUUACAAGGGCCGGCUUCCUGAUGGGUUGGAGAUAGCAGUUAAAAGACUUGCUUCGCAUUCUAUGCAAGGUUUCAGAGAGUUUAGAAAUGAAGUCCAGCUCAUAGCAAAACUCCAGCACAGAAAUUUGGUUAGGUUGUUGGGAUAUUGCUCCCAUGGGGAGGAAAAAAUGCUGGUCUAUGAAUAUCUAAAGAAUAAAAGCUUAGAUUUCUUCAUAUUCGGUCUCGACGGCUCCAUGCCAUGGACGAGGAGGAUGAAGAUCGCCGUCGGCGCGGCCAGGGGCCUCGCCUUCCUCCACGACGCAGACACGCCGGUGAUCUACCGGGACUUCAAGGCCUCCAACAUCCUGCUUGACGAGGACUACAACACCAAGUUGUCGGACUUCGGGCUCGCCAAGGACGGGCCUCAGGGCGACGCGACCCAUGUCACAACGCGCGUGAUGGGGACAAACGGAUACGCGGCGCCAGAGUACAUCAUGACGGGGCACCUGACUGCCAAGAGCGACGUCUACAGCUUCGGGGUGGUGCUCCUGGAGCUCCUGACGGGCCGGCGGUCUGUCGACCGGGCUCGGCGGCCCAGGGAGCAGAGCCUGGUGGAUUGGGCCAGGCCCUACCUCAGGAAGCCCGACAAGCUGUACCGGGUCAUGGACCCGGCCAUGGAGUGCCAGUACUCGUGCCGAGGGGCUGAACGGGCUGCUAUGGUGGCGUACAAGUGCCUGAGCCAGAACCCGAAGUCUAGGCCCACCAUGAGGGAGGUGGUCCAGUCCCUGGAGCCCGUCCUGGACAUGGACGACUACCUCCAGAUCGGCCCGUUUGUGUUCACCGUCGUAGUGGAAGAUGGCGACGGCAAGAGCAACGACGGUGGCGAAGGCAAGGUUGUUGACGGGGAGAAGGUUGACGUGACGAUAGAGACGACGGUGGAGGAGAAGAAGCAGCACCACAUGAGCCACCAGGACCGGCACCGGCAGAAGUUCCCCAACUCGGCGGUCCACGCUGACGUGGUGCUGCAUUACCGGGACGGCGGCGAACUCGGCCCGCACAUUAGCGCGCUGCGGCGGCACCGGAGGACGUCCAGCUACGUCAAGGAGAGAGGGGCGUAG